AUGAUGUCCAAGGCUGCUUUUAUGAUGCAGGACCACGUGCGCCGCAACUAUGUCAUGAUCACCGAUGUGUGCAACCCGAACACGUUCUUCGUGCGCGGCCGGCUGCCCUUCCCGCAGGGCCUCACGGCCAUGGCGGUGCUCUUCAAGAACCAGCGGCCGGCCGACGUCUACGCGCACCCGUACUUUAUCGAGAAGCAGAGCAACCCGUCCCAGCCGUCUCCGCAGCUGCACCUGACAGAGGAGUCGCAGGGAAUCAUGAAAGUCAUGAGCGGCCUCCGCUACAUGCGAGACGACAACACAAAACUCGACAACACAAUGGUGGUGGUGACCGACUACAGGGUCGAGGUGGAGGGGCGCAUGCCGAGCGUGCCGCAGGCCGCGUCGACGGCGCCGGGUGGACCAAAGACCGCGCCGGCGCACGACGGGGGCAGCAGAGGCGCUCAAGGGCACCACCCCGUCCCAGGUAGUCCCACGGGAACCUCCCCAGGGCUCACGCUGGAGCAGCGCGCCCUGCUGCGGCGCACCGUCCACCAUGUGACGCAGAUCCCCGGCGGCGGUGGCGAUGCCGGCUUGGGCCUCGGCGGCAUACGCAGCCCCUUCUCGGCUGCCUCGAGGCCGGCAGCCACACCAUCAGCGGCGUCCGCAUCGUCGUCGAGGUCACUGCAGGCGAGUGCCGGCGAGGCGGCGCGCACCGCCGGCGACAGCGACCCAUCCGCUGCCUGCAGCGGUGAUGCCGCCUCGACCGCGAUGCACAACGCGAUGCCAGGAUACUCCACCUUUCCCACGCCGGAGGACUGUGCGACGGAUGCGUGGAUGUCGUACCGCUACCUCAAGGCCGCCAUCUUCGGUCGGCGCGCGCUAGAGGAGACGAAGGGACGCGCGAGCUCAACGGACCCCAUCGACGUGCCGGCACUGUUCGAGAAGCGCGUCGGCGGCUACACAGUCUUGUACAACCCUAUCGAGGUCAACGAGCGGACGUUCGUGGAGCUGCUGCUGAAGCUGCAGGAGGAGGAACGUGUCGUGAAGGCGAUCGUCGUGCCGACGCGACCGGCGUGGCGACACUUGCAGGUGUGGGCAGACAUCUUCCCGGACGCGGAGCUGAUCACCAGCGGCGAGGUACCGCUGCUACCGGCGGCGGCGGCACCCACGUGGUCUUCUAGCGGUUGCGGCGGCAACAAAGAAUCUGCAGACAGCGCGGCGGACCCGCAGCACCGCAGCACGAGGCGUAGCCGCGGUGGUGCCGCCGCCCUGCGUGCUCCUCCCUCGACUACAGCUGCGUCCGCAACGGAGUGGCGCGGCGGGUGUCAGGACAUGGGCAACGGCAUGAGCGGACUAUCGUUUCCUGAGGUGGACCUGGUGGCUGAGGCGGCGCUUGAGCGGCAGCGCGCCGACGAGGCAGCCGCGAAGGCGAGGGCCACAGCCGAGGCGGCGCAGCGCGAGCGCGAGCGUAGCGCCGCGCCCGGUGAGAGCGGCCGAGAGGUGGACGAGGAGAACGACGACGAUGCGGUUGGGACGAACGGUGGUGGCACGGCGACCGAGAGAGAGCGACGGGCAAUGUUGCGCCGGCAGCAGCAUAAACUGAAGCUGCGGGAGGAGAUGCGCGCCGAGGAUGCGCGGCCGGAGGCGGCGGCGGCUAAGCGGGCCGCCGCCGCCUCCCCGAGUGCCCCCAGCAACGACAGUGGCGACCCAGUUGACGUGCUGUGGCACGACGUCUCCUUCUUCACCGAAAAGCUCGUGCAGGCUGUCGGGCUGCGCGAGAGCGAUGCAUGGCGCCUGCGCAUCCUCUCGCCGCGCGCCACGUCGUCUCCCCAAGAGCCGCCGGUGGAUGUCCUGCGCCUCACCCCGACGAUUGAGCUGCUCCGCAUCCCCGGCGACUCUGCCGUGGAGGAGUACGUGCUGCUGGACACCAACAGUAACAGCCUUGCGUGCACGGACCUCUACCACGGCGAGUACGCCGACCUCGACCCGGUAAACUCUUGGAUGUGUCGUGUGUGGUUCAAGUUCAUGAAGCGUGGCGACUACAAGCGCACGGACCUGGUGCCGCGCUACAAGUGGCUGCAGGUGCUGCAACAGAGGUCGCUGUCCGUGGUGCAGUCGGCCAUCGACGACCUGACGCGUCGUCGGCCAAUCAAGUGCGUGCUCAGCGCACACGGCACCCCGCCACUGAGGGGUGUCGAUGCCGUCGACACACUGCGACGUCAGUGGAACUUGCCACCGCUGCACCCCGCGGAGAGGCCGCGGGAUGGGCGCAGGUGA